AUGACACAAUUUGAAAAGAGGAUUUUGCAUUUAGGACUUGUCGUGACGAUGUUCGUGAAUCUGCAGAUUUUAGCCGAGGAAAACUCUACAGCUGAUGCAAAGUGUCAAUUCGGUAAAACACUGCGAAAACAAGUGAACGCGGAACUACUGAAUGGAACAUGUUUACGAGACAUUGUGGUCCGGCUGUCAAACGAGUUUCGGUCGAUGACGGACACGGAACUGGGUUUGACAUCCUUUCAAAAGAUGCUCGACGACAUGGAAUUCAUAAAUGUCUCGAACAAUUUGAAUAUCAAGCUCAGCUUGUUGGUCGAUAAAUUAAAUAAGAAAUUAUCGUCUUAUGCGGAACUCCUUAAGCAAAGCUACAAUGUCAUAGAACCAAUUUUGAUGAAAAGUGAAGAUCAGUUUCCCUAUUCUGAUUCUACGAGCAGAUUAGAUGUAAUAUCAAGUAGACUGUCCGAUUUCUGCUCGCAAGUUGUACGAGCACUGGUAAUUAAUUUAAGGAAUCAGGAGUGGAAGAACAUACAUCUACUGCCUUUUAUGUAUCCUGCAACUAUGUGUGGCCCACCUAGCUCAGGUCAUAAUAUCGGACCUCUUUUAUUGUCUCAAUAUUGUCCAAAAAAGAAUGUACUUCUGCUACUCGAACACGGUGUAUUUAUGUCAGAAGGGGAUAUUACAUUGGCCCAAAUAACUGCAGAGACAAUAAUCGAUAUGUUAUCUCAAAUAGAUCAUAUUAACGUUAUCGGCCUUUCUAGUAACAAUUCCAUACAUUGUAAGGAUGGUUUGUUAAAAGCAACGGAUGUCAAUAAAUUUCAGCUAGCUCGUUAUAUUCACAGUUUAAUCAGAACAGAAACGAACGACACGAUUGAAUUCAACUAUGAUAAAUUAAUACAGAAUAUAAAGGGUCAAGUGGUAUUCGUACACUUGACUAAUACGCUUAAGGUUACACCUCAUAUAACAAAAAUAAACGAAAUACUUUCCACUGGGAAGGUAAAUGGUUAUUUAAGAACGAUACUGAUUCUUUCGGAUCAGGAACCUCAUGCAAACAAUAAAAAAUACAACGACAGUGUUAUAGUCCUUCCAACGCAAAAUAUACUAGGAUACGAAAUAUCGAAAUUAUUUUCUGGCCUGAAGUGUUCAGAAGAACAUAAAAGAGAUUACUAUUUAUCCGAUCCUUACUUUGAUUUGUAUAGUAAAACAAUGACUUUGUCCAUUGGGAAAAUUACAGAUCAAGCAUUGAUAUCCUUAGAUAUUCAGUUACGAAAUUUUCUUGAUGAUAUAACGUAUUUUAAUAUUGGCUCGCACGUGUAUCCGAUAUUGUUCGACGACAAAGGUAUAGUUUGGAUGCACAAGAAUUUUCCACGAAUGGAGACAAUGAUGGACCAGCCUCUUAAAGUUAAAUUACAACAUAUAGAAAAUAUCAGUCCCGAAACUGUAAUGAUGAUGAUCGAGCAGCAUGAAGGUGUUGUUAACGUAAAAACUAAGCUGAAAGAACAGAAAUGGUAUCGUUGGAAACAUUUGACGUACAAGGAGUUGAUAGUAUGUUUGAUAUCGACGACGAACGACAGUACAUUACCUGUGGCGAAACUAGUACCAACAUUGUCAACAAACAUUUUACAUCAUCGUCUUGAUCUUCUGAUGCACAGUAUAGCUGAUAAAGGCAUUCUCUGUACUUACAAUAAUAAACUUUUAACAUUGUCAACGGGAGUAGUCUACCUUUCUCCGUGGUGUUUCCAAUCCCCAAUGGAGCAACUGAAAUUAUUAGACACUGGAUCCGUUGUAACCAUGCAAAGUUAUAUGGCCUACUUAAAAGACUUAACAGGGCUCUUAGCUAAUCCUGGUUUACGUCAAUCCGUUAAACCAGACGUAGCUAUAGUGACACAAAUUUUAGGAUACUUUAAAAUCAGAUAUAUAGAAAGUGUUUUAAAUAAGUUUAUAAUAAGAAGAUAUAUCGUUGGAACUGCGAGUGGAGUGUUGGAAAUAUAUCCAGGAAUUAUGCUCGAUUCUGGUUUCGAUCCUAAAAGACGAAUAUGGUAUGGAAACGCGUUGGAACAUCCUGGAAAAUUAAUUUUCACACCUCCGUAUCUAGGCGCUGGCGGUACAGGAUACGUCGUUACUCUGAGUCACACGGUCCAUCGUAAUUCUCGAUCGUCUACGCAUGACGAUGCUGUAGCGGUCAUGUCUAUGGACGUGACGAUGGGUUUCGUUUCGAGGCUGUUAAAGGAAUUGUUUUCUUUUUGUAACGAUUCCACGGUAAAAUGUUUCCUGAUGGACGAUAAAGGUUAUUUGGUAUCGCACCCCGCUCUGUUGGAAUCGGUUGGUAAAAUUGAGCAACAACACUUGACUCACAAGGAGUUACUAGUUGCGAACGAUAUAUUGAAUCAUGAGCUUUUUGUUAAAAAGAAAGCUUGCGCGAACUAUUUGGACGGUACCGUGCAAAGGUACUACCAAUUCAAUACAUCGCUCGACGAAGUUCUUACGAACAUAGUUCACGGUGAACAUUGCGUCAAGUAUCAAGUGGCGUCUGUACCGGGAACAAAUGUAUUUUUGGGUGUAGUCAACAUAACCUGCAACUUAUUAAGAGCAUUUUGUCCAUGUAGCACGAUGGAUCGUUCGUGUUUAAAUUGCAAAAGAAUGGAGCAAACCGAAUGCGAAUGUCCGUGCGAAUGUGCCUUAUACUUUUCGAAUUGUGCUGAAUACAAUAUUCAUGAUAUGCAUAAUUUAGAGCCCUGUCCAGUACCGCACGAGCAGGGUGGUAGCUCGCAGAUGUCUUACGCGCAGUCCGUAAAUUUAAAAACAUGUCCGUCCAUCGCGUGCAAGGUAUUUAAAACGGAAACCGAAUGCUUGGGAAUCGUUGGAUGCCAAUGGUGUCACGUUGACAAUGACGGAGAAACGCCUUUGCAGGCUCCAUUUUGUAGCGCCAUGUCUCGAUGUUUUAGGGGCAUUCUUGGGUCCGCUAUGCCCCUCAGCGACGGAACAUACAAUUCUCAGUCGACCGAAGAAAUUGCAGUACGAGAUUGGCCGUCGGUUGGGCCAGUAGCCGGAGGAAUAUUGGCAUUCCUUUUGAUACUGGGAGUUAUGCUACUCUGUUUCAGGCUCCGUUCCGUGCAAUCAGGCUUGGAGCAUCAGUGUUUGCAUAUUCAUACGUCGCCUGAUAUGUUGCGUAUGACGCAUUUAGAAGGCGAUGCGGAACCGAUGGAGACAGAUCAAACGAAAAAUAAUUUAGACUCUCUUAUAAGAGACGGUAUAGCUCCUAUAUCUCCAUACAGAGUAUCCACAAACUAUAGAAAACCGCCUGGCGGUGACAGCGAUAACGGGUAUAGUACAAUGACGCCUCAUGACGAUUCCGAACAACAAACGUUUGCCGAACCACUAUUGGUAGUCGGUAACAGUACCGAGCCCGAUCUAAGAAGACGAUCUAUUUGUCUUCCGUCUCCGACAACACAUUUAGGAUCUCCACAUCACGUUCUGGCACCCGUCACAGUUCAUUGUAACAUGGAAGCAAACUAUUGUUAA